AUGGAAGAACGUGGCAGCCAAAUCGCUCUCUCGUCCCUGUCGAGGCGUGGAUCGGAAUCCGAACGUGCAGUCAGCCCUCUGGAAGGAAGCCCAGUGCACUCCAUUCACGAUCUCCCUCCCCAUAUCGAUUCCGUUCAUGUACCGCAUGACGAGCUCCCGGCCUAUUCGCGGGCCCCGCCAGGCAAUCAUACUCUAGGCCGUGGUCACAGCACCACGCUGCAUCGCUCAGUGCUCGUUCCUUUUCUGACGUGCCUCUUUGUCGGUCUAGUGGUCUAUUCUUGGGUCAUCCUGGCGAUUCUGUGUUUUCGCCCCAUUAGCACCAAAAGUUGGGACGUACGGACGGAUAAAUAUGGUUACUAUCCGAAGAACCUGCACUAUGACUUCGAUGUACGGCUAUACCGCUCCGCUAGAAUCAUACAGUCCAUCGCAGGCGUGCUCAUUCUGCCAUGGACCUCAGCAGUCUGCGCUUAUGCGGCAGUGGUCUUCGUCCAGAACCAAAAAGAUAGCCUGGGCCUAAGUAUGCGACAAAUGAUCAAUCUGGCGGAUCGUCGAUGGCUGGAUCUAUCUCUGAUUCCGGAUCUGAUUGCUGGAAACUGGAAAAAACAUGGAAGUGGCUUCCUGGCCCUGGCCAUCCUGCUCCACUUCCUCGCUCUGAUUAUCUACCCGAUUCAGUCAAUUGUGAUUAACCCCGACAUGCGCCAUAUUCCGGUUGCUCGGAACCAAUUGAGCGAAAUCGGUGACCUGGCUCACUUGGAUCCGUACUAUGAUGAUAAUACUGGCAGCGAUGUAGUGCAAACGCGCGACGCCUUUCUCGGGGCGGAUCAGCAUACCUGGCAGCUGCACCUGUGGCAGAAUGGAGGGCAGCAGGAAUUAUCAACGUUUUCGAACUUCUCCACCAUGGAUGAUCCGUUUUAUGCACCUUUUCCAAAUGGGUUUAAUACAGGCAUGAUCCGGCAGUAUUCUCCACGGCUCAAUUCGACCGCCACUGUGCGAGUCAUCGAGCCGGAUGAGUACCCAUCAGACUGCAACGCCAAUUCAACAAAUCUGUUCGCCAACUACUCAUCCUCUUUAAUAGACGACUAUUAUACGGCAUCUUGGAUGGUUUCCGGCUGCAUGCUUGAAUCCAACAUUACCUCGCCCUGGACGGCAACGCGGAAUCGCCAAGACUUUUACGAGGUACUCUAUCUGAACGUGUCUGACUCGGAUGAAAGAUACGUGUCAACUUCACUGUCAAAUGGCACACUGUUUGAGAUCUCGCUCCGAACGACCGCUGGCUAUUUCGAGCUCCCGAAUUACAUGAACAAUCAAAUCGCGGGUCUAUUGCUCGACAAUGACCCGACGACAGAUUGUAUAGACAAUACCGGAAACUGUAUUCAGCAAACCGAUGAAUAUUAUUUCUACCGCCGUCUCCGUCGUCGAAGUACCAGCAAUAUAACGGAACAUAUCUCUCAAACCCUUCCGUGGGAUCCACUAGUCACUGAGAACAAGGGACCUCUGUUAACAACGGCCCUUGCCAUCUUUGGACCAGGCUCAUUUUUGGACACCUUCUUUUCUGACUUCAGCGUGGUUGGAACCAACAUGAAAGCUGCCGAUUCCUCAGAGAACCCUCUGUACCGUCGCAUUGGUGAUACCUACUGUAUUGAAGUCGCUCCUUUGAUGAAUAUGGGCAGCUCUACUAUCUCUUCAUACAUUUCAGCAGACACUUGUGUCAUGGCCUCCGCAGAUUAUGAUACAUAUCCUGCGAGCUAUAUGGCUCAUCAAGCGGCGUCAAGCUGGAUUAAACGAUUGUUCGGUGACAAGCUGAUUCUGGCCAACACAGUCACUGCAGCUGCCUUUCUGUCCAAUAAGCACUUUGUCGAAGCCUUGAACCCCUCGUAUGAAACCUAUCAAGAUCUUGGAUCCAAGAUUCUGGUUCCACAUUCUACCUUGGCCGGUGUGAUUGUUGUGACAAUAUUUCUGGGUCCAUAUAUCCUCAUGUUGCUAGCACUUACGGUCUAUGGAUUCCGGUAUCCGCGUUGGACUUCGCGCCUAGACUCAUUUGCCAUGCUACGCAUUGGCGCCGUCUACGGCGAAGGGUUUUUCCCGAUGCUUGUUUCGCUUGAGACGCGGAAUGCCAAGGAGCUGGAUCAGGUACCGGGCGUGAUCCGUGAUGUCGGUAAUAUCGCAGAUGAUGCUAUUAUCCCGAUUGGUCGGAUUGGUUUGGGAGAAGGGAAGCCCUUACGCCACGGACGGAGAUACGAAUGUUACGAAGGAGAUAAUGAGCCUUUAACUCUGACAGAGUUUAAUAAGAUUCGACGUGGUGGCUGA